CUUCCCCAAAAAGUGCCCUCUUUGGAAACCGCCCCGACGGGUGGAACGCGUCCCCUUUGCUCAAAACCCUUCGUCCCCUUCUGCCUUGAGCUUUGACUUCAGCGUUGCUUCCUGCGGCUUAAAAACGGGCAGACUAAAAAGAGCUCGUUGUGACCUUAAGUCUGUGCACGUGUGUCUGGUGCCCGUACCAGGCUUCCUAAGAAAGCGAAUUCUUGUCUGACUUUUUCCCUUGUUCCCACGCGGACCUCUUGAAGGCCUUGCUCUGUAAACCCGCCUCAUUUUUCCGUUGAGUUAUUGGGAAUUUGAAGCAGGCGAAGAAUCGCAGCGUUGAAUAAAAAGCUCUGUGGCUGGGUGUUUUGGCUUGGCCUCGCCGUAGGCCGAAUCUUGUGUUCGCGCGUCGGCGCAGACAGAAGCAGCGCUCGUUUUUCCUGCAGCACAGAUUCCCGCUCGGUUUCAAGCCUCGCCCUGCCUUGGUUGUUAAGACGGAAAGGUUGGCUCUCAUGAUCCGUGCAGGCCUGCUUCAGUUGCAGCGCUCGUGCAUAGUGACAGCGUUUGGGACUCGGCCAAAGAUAAUGAGUUAAUUUCCUUUCAGAUUCUUCUAGGAGAAACGUAGGAAAUUCUAAAUUCCGAUGUAAUGUUUGUCUUAGCCUGUUGUCUUAAAGUAACUGAUUUAAAAGAAGAAGGCGACCUAUGAAUUAUGCCCCCAGUGAUGGUAGUUCUUCUCAGCACUCGAAUUAAAGUAGUGGAUGAGUAUUGAAUGUAUGCUGGCUUCUUCAUAUAAUUGCCUCUGCAUUUUGAGCUUUUUCAUUGGACUUGCAUGUCGAAAUGCUGGAGUUUCCAGCCUGUGACAUAUGCACUGCUAGUAGGAAUGCAAGGCACGCAGACCGAGGGAGCCGGGAUCUGCUGCUUGUUACAGUGGUGCUGAGAGCUUCUGCCAGGGUUGAUGAUGGCUGGUCCCAACAAAAAAGGUUUAUGGGCUCCCGCUUUUCAGUGCGCGCUCACUACCAGAAACUCAGCUUUCCAAUCUCUAGACAUUGAAAGUGAUUCAUGACACCUUAUGGUGCUGCAAUAUCCUUUACCAUUAGUCCAUUGAGAUCCGGUUAGUUACACUGCAGCUGGGUACAGUAGCAUGCUUAAGGAACGGCUCGACCCAGAAGACGGCUGUUAUGGAGCAGCCCCUCCCUCACUGAAGAGCACUGAGUUGGGAAAACACAGUUUUUAAUUGACUUAAACUUCAAACGUUCAGGUCCGCUGGCGUCUGAGCGUGGCUUUGCUUGUAUAUCAGCUGCCGAACAUGGAGGCGGUCAAAGGACAGCUACAGUGACUUCCUCAUCUCCUGCCCGUUUCUUAGGUGAUGAAUCUGCAGAGAGAAUGUGACUUGUAAAUUAUACGAGGUGGUAUUGCGCAAGCAUUGCAGUUCUGUUCGGCCCGUUUCGUAUAGUUAUGGCAAGUCUUUGUAAGAAUACGUUCUUGUGUGACCUUCAGCAUUAAUGUGGCAUAUGCUCUUGUUUAGGCAUUUGGUUUUCGUUUAGCUAUGUCUUUGUAUUUCAGGGUUUUUCAAAGCUGUCUCAAUUGUGUAGGUCCUCACCGGAUGUGUCUUUAUUCUAUUAAAUAUGGAAUUAUUGUGGUUAAACUUUCUUCCGUGAAGAAAGUUUAUUCAGUCUUGGCAACUUGCUUAUCAUUUAAAGAUACAGCAGUUCCUUGCUAACAUCUGUUUUGGAAGCACAUAGCAUACGUUCAGUGUUAAUUAUGCUCUCUUAUUUCAAGCUGAAGCGAAGGGAGUCACAUUUUACCAUCUCUCUUUUUCCUUAGCUAGCCUUUCUUGCCCUCUGCUGUGCUAUUCAGCUUUUAGCAUUGGAUCAAGAAGCUCAUUCUCACAUUGAACAGGAGCUAGUUGUACCUUGAAGGCUUUGAGAUAAAUAUUAACUAAUUUCUUAGUUGUGGAGGAGGAAGGAGAGCCUUGCAGGCUUACUCAGACGCUGCAGGAAAUCAUCUUGUAGUUUUAGGAAUGAAAGUGAUGAAAGACAACAUUGUGAUAGGAAAAUCGAGCCAAGGAACUGCAGAGUCUGAUGUUUGUGCUGUCUCUGACUUACUGUCGACUAAAUCCCUGGUAUGUUCCAGACACUUAGAGGAGGAAGAAUGGAAAGCUGCCUCUUAUCAUAAACUGGAUGGCUUCUACGGUGAGCCUGGGUAAAGAAUCAUUAUUGGAAGAUGGAAUGCCACCUACAAAAAAGCCCAGGAAGCUGUUGCCAAGCCUGAAAACCAAGAAGCCUCGGGAGCUUGUUUUGGUGAUUGGGACAGGAAUUAGUGCUGCAGUUGCUCCCCAAGUCCCUGCGCUGAAGUCUUGGAAAGGGUUAAUCCAGGCCCUCCUGGAUGCCGCUAUUGACUUUGAUCUUCUGGAAGAUGAAGAGAGCAAAAGGUUUCAGAAAUGUCUCCAUGAAGACAAGAACUUGGUUCAUGUUGCCCAUGACCUUAUCCAAAAACUGUCUCCGCGCACAAGCAAUGUUCGCUCAACAUUUUUCAAAGACUGUUUAUAUGAGGUGUUUGAUGACCUGGAAUCUAAAAUGGAAGAUUCUGGGAAACAGCUGCUUCAGUCUGUGCUGCACUUAAUGGAAAAUGGGGCACUGGUAUUAACCACAAACUUUGAUAACCUGCUGGAACUGUAUGCAGCACACCAGGGGAAGCAUCUGGAGUCUCUUGACCUUACUGAUGAAAAAAAGGUGCUGGAAUGGGCGCAGGAGAAGAGGAAGCUCAGCGUCCUGCACAUCCACGGUGUUUACACAAAUCCUAGUGGAAUAGUGCUGCAUCCGGCUGGCUACCAGAACGUACUGCGCAACACUGAGGUUAUGCGAGAGAUUCAGAAGCUGUAUGAAAACAAGUCAUUCCUGUUCUUGGGCUGUGGUUGGACUGUUGAUGACACCACGUUUCAGGCCCUGUUUUUAGAAGCUGUGAAGCACAAGUCAGAUCUGGAGCACUUUAUGCUCGUACGGAGAGGAGAUGUGGAUGAGUUUAAGAAGCUUCGUGAGAACAUGCUGGACAAAGGGAUUAAAGUGAUUUCCUAUGGAGAUGAAUAUACAGACUUACCCGAGUACUUUGAGAGACUGACGAGCGAGAUCUCCAUGCGGGGUCGAACAGGUACAGGGGUUACAGGCUAUGUUGGAUGGUCGUACGUGUAUAUCCACGGUCCCAGCACUUACCUCAGGGAUCCUGUCGUACGACAGCACAGCAAGUUCUCGAAUGUUACUGUAGAGUUUAAGCUGAUUGUAGACAGUAUCAACACCUCCCUUUUCUCUAUAUUAUUAUUUCAUUAAGCUUUUUUUUUUUUUCCUCCAAAAUUGGCUGCGCGUGUAGUUGGACUUUGGGUUUACUUUCAUGCAAGUUUAAUCGCUGCAUGUUCCUAUAGCUAAAACAGCCCUGCUGCUUCCCACACAUCCAGACAUAAUUUUUACUGUGAAAUUGGACUUUUUUACUUCCUUUCCACAGAAAGGAAAGGGUAUUUCAGUCCAGUCGUUUGGUCUAAGUGACCUGCAUGCUACUCAGACCGAGCUAAUGCUUUAACAUGUAAGAGGUCUCACCAAUAAAUCUUAAAAAGCAGGGGAAAAAAUUAAUUUGCUAGCCAUAGCCUUGCUGGCAUGUGUUCUGAAUGUAAAACCCAGCCAGGCACACUUGUCAUGUGAGACUGCUGAGCGCUGAAGUGCUACAUUUGGAUUCCUGGCACUGAUCAAUCCUGACGCGCUCUCAGCAGCUCCCUUUGCUAUUUAAAACAAGCUGGAAGCAGCCCUUGUGAUCUGCUCUCUGCCCAGCUCCAAGCAAGUGCCACUUAAGGUAACUAACACCUCUGUCUUAAUCCUAUCAGGGCAGGGCUGGCACUGCGGGGCUCUGGCUGUGAGAAGGGCAGGGAGGAUGCUGGCGCGCAGUGCUUUUGCCUUGUGGGGUGCCCUGCUCUCUGCCUGCGGUGCAAGCGUAGGAGCUCCCCUUCUCUGAAGCGUCACCUUCCAGGAGGCACAAGGGUUCGGUGCUUCUGGUGCUUUCUUGCCUUUCUGCAUGGUAGUUACCCUCUGCUCUCCCCCAGGUGUGCCUAAAGAGGGACAACAGCUGAAUGGCUCUGCUGCUGCCCAUGCUGAGAUAAAAGGUAAGACUUGUGCCUGAGCUUAGCGAGCUAGAG